AUGGAUUGUAUGAUCAAAAUUGGACAAACAGCAGGUAGAAAAGGCAACAUUUAUAGCGAAUAUGUAUUUCCUUUGGUUGUUUUGACUAUCGAAGAUUAUUUGAAAUUUCGUAAGACAACAACAAAUAUGGCCAUUGUCGGUAAUACUAUGAAAACACGUUUUUAUGAAUAUAAAGUUCUCGCAGAAUUAUUGACCAGUGGAAUGAACUAUAAUGAGACAACAAAUGAAAUUGAUUUCGAUGAAUCUCGUUUGAAAGUUCCACGUAUCACCGAUCUACCAGAGAGUAAAUUCGAUUUAAAUGAUUUGAAAAGAGAAGUACAAGAAUUGUACCGAAGAGCAAAAGCCAUUGACAAUAGUUCUAUGACUCAAACAUGUCGAAAUAUUGAAACACAAGAUUUUGUCGAAUUUGGUUACAAAAUGGAUGCCCAAACUCUACUACCCAUAUGGGAACUGUAAGUCAAAUUUGUUCAUAUUAUAUUAUUAUUGAAAUGUUUUUAGGCUGUGAAUGUGGGUGUGGGUGUGGGGUGGGGUGUGGGUGUGGGUGUGGGUUGUGUGGGUGUGGGUGUGGGUUGUGUGGGUGUGG